AGGCUACUUUAUCCGUGAUAUAUUAUUCAUCUCCCGUUUUGUAAAAUAAUUUUUACCCGGUGCCCGAAAAACGGUCUUUUAAAGUUGCCGCUGUCCAUGGUAACGGAUGUGAUAGGCUGAACCUGGGAAAGAAAGAAGCACGCCUCGUUCAGAAUAGCAGCGGCGCUGGAGUAGCCAACAGUCGUCGUCUGAUAGCUCCAGCCAAAACGGGACAUCGAACCUUUUUUAUUUUAUUUAUUUAUUUGGUUCGAUUGAUAUCCUCUUCUCAAACAAGAUGUGACUUUUAAAACAAGACUAAUACCUUUAGAAUAUUCACGUCAGGAUAGCCGGGAGAGAGAACGCCGAGGGGUUUUUGCGAAUGGAAGUUAUUUGUUGUGAAUUGUUUUGAGUAUGUUAUGCCGACGUGAGUUUGUUUUUGGGUUGUCUCUGUUCGUCGUGGACCUUUAAUUUGGAAUCUAACGACGAAAACCAGAUCGUCGAGGGAAACCCUGAGUGGGGAUUCUACGAAGCCAGAGAGCUCCCAACAGACCGGGGAUUUAAAUUGUGUUUGGUGUGCUCCGGGAGAAGCGAGAGUCAAAGAAAGAAAUUCAUGUGGCCAUUCUCUCUUUAGCAAAAUAUUUUGGAUUGCAGAAUGAGCAAGGAAAGACCCAAGAGGAAUAUCAUCCAAAAGAAAUACGAUGAUAUCGAUGGGAUCCCCUGGUCAGAGGAGAGGGAUGUGAGGAAGGUGCUCUAUCUCUCCCUGAAGGAGUUCAAGACUGCUCAGAAAAGGCAGCUCGGAGACGGCAUCGGAGAUGGAACCAAAUACACUAAUGGUUCCCAUGCCCGCGGGCAGCUCAAUGGCUCAGGGCAGAAGGGCCACAAUGCUGACGGGUCACGGUUCCAGAGCACCGACGGCAGCAGCGAGUACUCUGAGGAUGGCCCUGCCAAGAAGAGGCCCAGACUGCAAGCACAGAGGAAGUUUGCCCAGUCUCAGCCCAACUCUCCCAGCACCACCCCGGUCAAGGUGUCUGAUACCGCCCUGCCCGCACCCUCCGCUCACAUCAGAGACAUCUCCAGACGAAAACCCAAGACCGAAGAUUUCCUCACCUUCCUCUGCCUGAGAGGGUCGUCAGCGUUGCCCAGUAACAUGGCGUACUUUGGGACCUCUCAGGAUGAAGAUGCGCUGGAUGAUGAAGAGGAGUACGAGGAUGUGAAGCCAGACGUCAGCGUGGCAUCUACUUCCUGUCAGUCCACGCCCAGGAAGGGCAAACCCCAAGGGAAACACACCGUCAAUGGCCACGUGUUGAACGGCCCCAGCAAGGCGCCCCGAGACAGCCCCAAGCCCAGAGGGAAGGAGUGGGUGCAGGUGAGAGAGCGCAGUGAGAGGGCCGAGGCCCGGAGGGAGCAUGCCCUCAGCCAGCUAGAGGCUACAGCCAGGGGCCACACCCUACCCAGGGGCCACACUACCAACGGACUGCCCCACAGGAGGGCCGCGGAGGAGCUCUGCAAGCAGGUCUCUAAAGUGAACGGAGUCACACGGGUGUCCCAGACAGGCAGGCACACGGCUGGUGCCAAAAAAACGAAAGACUUCAGACUGCCGUCCAAAACUGUGAAUGGCCUCGUCACAUACACCAAAGGAAAACGAGAACUGGUGAAGAAAACCAAACUGAACAAGCGCAAACACAGCACUGCUGCUACCCAUAGAGCCCAUAGCAACAAUCGCCACCACAACCACCUCCAGCGCCACCAGCGACUCCCCCUCUCCAACUCAGGAAAAGCCCAGAAUAGCAAAGCAAAAACAAGCAAACAGGUGCUAUUAUCCAAUGGGGUGCACAAGGUGACCAACGGGGGCGGAGUGCGCCUCAACGGGCACCUCUGURCCAAGCAGGAGGUGGGCAGGCAGGGGCGUGAGGGACUGAGGAACUCCAAGCGGAGGCUGGAGGUGGCGGUGGCUGCCAUCGGGGCGGUGGCUGACUCCCAGGGUAAGUUGGUCGUCCUGGAGACUAACCGCAACCGUAAGAAGACCAAACAGAACCAUAGCAGCCCUCUGGAGACACGCAGUAAGAAAGCAUGUCAGGGCAAGGCCUCGGUCCCUAACGGACACAUUGUCAUGGAAACCACCCCUCCCCCCUCCCUGCUAGCCCCACCCCCUCCCUCCACACCACUAGCCAAUCCAGAGCCAGGGCGUCAGCGGCCCAAGCGAGCGUCAGCCGGCAAGUUGAUGUUCAUCAGACAAGCACAGCACCGGGCGCAGGCUGCCUCUAACCCUAACCACACCCACACCCUUAACCGCUCAACUACCUCAGAGUCCCCUGGCCACACCCCCGGGCAUACCCCUCACAAACCAGCAGAGCCCCGACCUGACAGGGAGUGGGAAAGGGAGAAGGAGAGGGCGGAGAGGAGCAGGGCGAGCUGGGCAGCGUUGGGUGAGGCACCAGAGUUCAGUCCCACCCAGCGGGAGUUCCAGGACCCCCUGGUGUACCUGGACUCUGUGCGGGAGGGGGCGGAGCCCUGCGGACUGUGUCGGGUGGUUCCCCCGGCUGACUGGCGCCCAGAGUGCAAACUGAACGAUGAGAUGCGCUUUGUGACCCAGGUGCAGCGCAUCCACAAGCUAGGCCGUCGCUGGGGCCCUAACGUACAGAGGCUAGCCUGCAUCAAGAAGCACCUCAAAUCUCAGGGCAUCACCAUGGAAGACCCACCACUCAUCGGUGGCUGCGAGGUGGACCUGGCUCGGUUCUUCCAGCUGAUUAAUGACAUGGGCGGCAUGCAGCAGGUUAUGGACCUGAAGAAGUGGAGUAAACUGGCUGAUCUGCUGCGGAUCCCCAAGUCAGCCCAGGACCGUCUAGCCAAGCUGCAGGAGUCCUACCUCCAGUACCUGCUGUCCUAUGACUCUCUGUCCCUAGAGGAGCACCGGCGCCUGGAGAGGGAGGUGCUGCAGGAGAAGGAGGGCCUGGAGCGUCGCAGGGGGCCCCUGGAGGGCCACACAGACAGGAGCCUGACCCUGCCACGCUACGAGCCCAAGAACGGGCUGGCCGGCAGUCUGGUGCAGCACAGCAACGGUCAGCUGUGCAGCCGGCUGAAGGAGCUGGACAGUCAGCAGCUCAAGGUGGGACGCCGGAGGCUGUUCUCUCAGGAAAAGAGGAAUGGGGAAAUGACACAGCAGGAGGAAGAUGAGGAUGAGGAGAAGGGGGUUCUCAGUGACCAGCACAAGUGUAUUUACAAGGGGAAAUCUGUAUCUCUCACCAACUUCUUCAGGAUAGCCAGGAACACCAUGAUCAUGUGCUUUAACAAAGAGCCUGGGGCUGCUGAGGUCGAGCAAGAAUACUGGAGGAUAGUGGAGCAGAGGCACUGCCAUGUGGCAGUGCAUUAUGGGAAAGUGGACACCAACACACACGGAAGUGGCUUCCCCGUGGGAAAGUCAGAGCCAUUUUCUAAACAUGAGUGGAACCUCAGUCUCCCUAAUAAUUCUGGAUCCAUUCUGCGGCCUGGAGCUGUGCCCGGGGUCACCAUUCCUUGGCUGAACAUUGGCAUGGUCUUUUCUACCUCAUGCUGGUCUCGAGACCAAAACCGCCUUCCAUACAUUGAUUACUUACACACUGGUGCUGACUGCAUUUGGUAUUCUGUUCCUGCUGAGGAGAAGGUGAAGCUKGACAAGGUGGUUCACACACUGCUGCAGGCCAACGGGACCCCCGGGCUGGAGAUGCUGGAGAAGAACAUCAUGAUCUCUCCAGAGGUGCUUUGUCGAGAGGGUAUCAAGGUCCACCGCACCGUCCAGCAGAGCGGUCAGUUUGUGGUCUGCUUCCCCGGGACCUUUGUGUCCAAGGUCUGCUGUGGCUACAGUGUGUCGGAAACCGUGCAUUUUGCCACCCCCCAGUGGAUGAACCUGGGAUAUGAGGCUGCUAAGGACCUGAAAUGCCGGCACAUAGCCAAACCCUUCUCCAUGGAGAAGUUACUCUAUCAGAUCGCCACGGCCGAAUCCAAACGCGAGAAUGGGCACAUUCUGACUACGAUCUCCGCUCUUCUCAAAGACCUCAGGAACAUAGAGAUGAGACAACGGCAGGAACUGUACGAGGCAGGGCUUCUGUCCUCUGCCCGCUACGGAACACAUGAUAACAGCCUGGUGCCCGGUGAUGGACGCAAGAAACCCAGGAAGUGGCUGGCGCUGGAGUCGUCAGAGAGACGCUGCCAGACUUGCCAACACCUCUGCUACCUGUCCAUGGUGGUCCAGGAGAAUGAAAACGUAGUCUUCUGUUUGGAGUGUGCUUUGAGAUACGUGGAGAAUCACAAGUCCUGCAGAGGCCUCAAGAUGAUGUAUCGUUACGAUGAGGAGCAGAUCAACAGCUUGGUGAAGCAGGUGUGUGGCAAGGCCCUGGGGAAGACGACCGAGAAAUGUAACGGUGCAAGCCCCAUCAAACCACCACCUAAACGCGGACCCCGGAAGAGAGAGACCGUGGAGGUGUCCCUGUCCCGCCUCUCCUCCUCCCACCUGUCUCCCGCAGCCGUCACAUGAGGAAGUUAACACCGCCCACUGCCCCUCCAUCUUAGUUUGGAGAAUCACUGUUGUCCUUUUUUUAAAGAAAGAAAAAAUAUAAUGCCCCAAAUCUCCCACGCAACCUUACUAUGACGAACUACCCCACCCCCUUAGUAUGGCAAACUACCCCACCCCCUUAGUAUGGCAAACUUGAAAACAAGCAGUCUUUUUUUGCACUAGCACGGAAAAUGUUUUUUCAGUUUCUUUUUUGGCAUUAAUUGAAACGUUCACAGGUAAAUGUUGUGCCCCUUUGCACUGACCCCCACCCCCCCC